AUGGAACUGAUUAAAGACGACAUUAAAAAAAAGAAACAUAAAAAGAAAAUGGGAAGACGUUAUAGUUAUAAUGAUAAUAUAGAGGAAUUGAAAAAGCUUAAAAAGAUUCUGUUAAACUUAGAUGUACUUAUCGAUGUGUCCAAAAUUGUUAUUCAAAAGAAUGAGAAUUUUGAUAUGGAGUUAUUAAAUAAUGUAAAUGAUAGGUUUGUUGAAAAAAUAUAUUAUUUAUUAAAGGAUAAAAAAAAGAAUAUGCUACCUGAAGAAGAAUUAGUUGAAUUCAUAUUUUUAUUAUUAAAAGAAAGAAAUGAAUAUAAUAAUUUAGAAAAAAAAAAAAAAAAUAUAUAUAUUAAUGUACAAAAAAAUUUAACAAACUGUCCUAUAAAAAAUGAAGUAACUACACUUAUUCAAAAAAUUAAUAAAUUCUAUUAUUAUUUCAAAGAAUUUUUAUUAAAAGAAAAAUAUAAUACAAAAGACGACGCGAAUAAAAAGUAUCAUCAUAAUAAGGAGGAUACUAAUAAUUAUAAUAAUAUUCCAGAAAAUUAUAAAAAUCAAUCCAAACAUAAUCACGACUAUUUAAAUUAUCAUAAAGAUAAUAUAAUUAAUAUUGAUAUAAAUGAUUUAGGAUAUAAUAACAAUGAUAAUAAUAAAGAAUCUGUAUUUUAUAAUAAGGAAAUAAUAAAAAAUAAUAAACAAAGAAAUCAUUUUCAAGGAAAAGAAAAAAAAAAUACAAAAGAUGAAGUAGCUACUACAAUACAUAAUAUUCUUUCUUGUAAGGAUAUAUCAUCUAAUCAAUUUAAUAAUUAUAAUAAUACAUUACAAACAAGUGAUUAUAAUAAGGAUUUCUUAUACAAGGAUGUUCUUAUGGAUAUUAUGAGUACUGAUAGUGAAAAAAAUAUGACGUCACAAAAAAGCAUUACGUCUGAAAAGAAUAUGACGUGUGAAAAGAAUAUGACGUGUGAAAAGAAUAUUACGUGUGAAAAGAAUAUUACGUGUGAAAAGAAUAUUACGUGUGAAAAGAAUAUUACGUGUGAAAAGAAUAUUACGUGUGAAAAGAAUAUUACGUGUGAAAAGAAUAUUACGUGUGAAAAGAAUAUUACGUGUGAAAAGAAUAUUACGUGUGAUAAAAAUAUUAUUAUAUCCAAAAGGAAAGACAAUCAACAAACCUUUUGUGAGGACAAGAUUAGUGUUUCUUCAGACGAUAUAGAACCUUUAAUAUCUUCAUAUAGUGAGUAUAUCAUGAGAGAUGAACCUACAUAUAUUCCUGAUAAAAAAUUAUUAUCUGAAGAAGAAAAUAAGAAACUUGAAAAGGAACAUUGUCAUAUGAAAAAUAAUAUAAAACAUAAUGAUAUUGCUCAUGUUACUAACAAUGACAGUAUCAAUAAUUAUUUAUAUAAUAAAUAUUAUAUUAAUGAAGACAAUAAAAUAAUGCAAAACGAUAGUAAUCUUAAUCAUAAUAAAAAUGAAGAUAUUAAAAAGGUUGAUAUCGAAAAUACACAUAUGAUUAAUGGAUAUGAUCCUAAUGAAGAUAUAUUAUGGAAUAAUAACAAAACGAUUUCAAGUGAAAAAUUAUGUGUUCCAAGAACGAAGGAUAAUGAAAUUUUAAAAAAUAAGGAACUUAAUAAUUAUCUAGGUGAAGCUUAUAAUGAUUGUAUAAAUGAAGAGACAUACAAAAAUAUGAAACUUGAAAACUGUGAUGAAAAAAAAAAAAAAACAAAUUUUCAAAAUGUAAAUAGUAAUUUUAAAGAGCAACAUCUUUUAUUUUGUAAUAAUUUGCAAGAACAAAUGAAAUAUAGAUCUGAUAAAAAUUUAAAAUAUGAUGAAAAAUUAUAUAAUAAUAAUAUUAAUAAUAAUAAUAAUAAUAAUAAUAAUAAUAAUAACAAUACAAAUGAUGAUAUAAAAAUUGUAAAACCAAAUAAUCAACAUCAUAUACAUAAUAACCUUUUACAUUAUAUUAAUAAUAAACAUAAUCUUCUAAACUCAAUUACUCUUUCAAAUAGCUUACCUCAAAAGAAUGAUUACCAAAUAAAUAAUUUUAUACAUAAAAAUGACACAAACGAAUUCAAAAAUUUAACAAUAAAUAAUUUUCAAAAAAAAGAAAAGGAAUUAUAUACUCUUAAUCAUAUGAAUACUAUUAAAAGUAAUAUAAAUAAUAUUCAUAUGAAAGAUUCUGGGGAUACUGAAGUUACACAUAAUAAUCAAAGUUUUUUUUUUAAUACUAAUCAAAUAGAAAAUGAAAAAAAAAAAAAAAAUAAUAAUAAUAAUAUCAAAACACAUAUAGCUAAUUUCAAUAUAAUUCAUAAGAAUAACCUGAACGAGUCAGGUAAAAAUAUGGAACAUUAUAUAGCUAGCCAAGAAGAGAAUAUUUUAUUUGAAAAUAAGAAUAAUGAUAUGGAAGAAUUAUAUAGAGAACAUUCCAGAGAAUUAUUGGAAGAAAAUAUAAUAAAUAAGAUAGGAAAUAAUACGAAAAAGAAGAAAGAAUAUGAUGAAUGCACAAUGAGUACAUGUAUUGAUAAUGUUGUCUAUAAUUCACAUGAUAAUAUAAAUGGAGAAAAAAAGGAUGAAAAUAAUAUGGAAUAUUUUAUAAAAAGCGAAGAUGAAAGUUUAAAAGAUUUUGAUAUGCUAUUAUAUAAUAAUAGGAAGGAAAAUUCUGAAAGAGAAGAAGACAAAUCAAUUGAGAAUAUUAAAAUGUUGGGAACUGAGUCAUUUUAUGAAGAUGAAAAUAAUGAUGAAGACAUAAAACAAUUUGAUGAAAAUUUAACAUAUGAACAGAGGAAAAUAAAUGAUGAUAAUUAUGGAGACAUGCACUAUAUAGACGUGGAAGAUGAUGAUUAUGAAAAUGUAAGAAAUAAAAAUGAGGAUAGUAGCAAUAUUUAUGAUGAUGAAGAAAUAUAUAAUCAAAAGGAAGAGCAUGAUGGAAAAAAAAUAUUUUUAAACAGAAUAGAAAAUAAUGCAAUAAACAAUUUAUAUAAAACUUAUGAGAUGAUACAAGGUGAUAACGAUGAUAUGGAUGAUAAUUAUUAUUUGUAUGAUGAAAAUGAAAAGGGAGCUACAAAAAAUAUCCUUUGUGAAUUUAAUAAAAAGGGUAAAAAAGGUAUUGUGAAUAAAUUUAAUAGGGACAUGUUACAAAAAAUUGAGAAAAACUAUGACAAUAAUGAUAUUAACAAUGAUAAUAAUAAUAAUGAUAAUAAUAAUAAUAAUGAUAAUAAUAAUAAUAAUAAUAAUAAUAAUAAUAAUAAUAAUAAUAAUAAUAAUCAAAAGAAGUUUAUGAAUACACGAAACGAUAAUUAUAUAAAUAAUAACAUAUAUUUAAAUAAGGCAAAUCCAAACAUAUUUAAUGAAAAUACAACAAAUUAUAACCAGAAAGAAAACAGUUUUAAUCAAAGUGAUUUUUUACUCUUAAAAAAAAAAGAGCAGGGGAAUAGUCGACUGAAGAAGUGGCUAUGUAAAAUUAAUGCCAGAGAAAAAGAAAAAGAAAAAAAACUUCAGCAGAAAAAAAAUGAAUCAUAUGAUAGAGAAUUAAAAAAUUGUACUUUUCAUCCUACAUUAAAUAAUAACCGAAUAAAAAGGGAAGGUACCAUAAAAGAAAUGAAUGAUACUUAUGAUGAUGAUGAUAAUAAAAAUUUGAGUGAAAAUUAUGAUUGUUAUAAUAAAUAUGUUAAUGAUACUUAUUAUGGUGAUAAUAACAAAGAUUGUUAUAAUUUUGAUCAAGAAAAAAUAUAUGAUUUCAAUAAUAACUCCUAUUACAAGAAUAACGAACAAAACCACUCCUUUCACCAUUUUAAUAUAGAUAAAAAAAGAAACGAUAAUACAAAUAUGAAAAAAAAAAUGAAUCGAAAUAAAAUACUUUAUUUGAAAGGUUUGAAAAGUAAAGAAUUAUUAUUACAAAAAAAAAUAGAUUACCAAAAUGAAGAAGAAAAAAAAUUUAAAAAAGAAUGCAUAUUUCAUCCUACUAUAAAGGAUAAUGUAAAAAUAUUCCUUUCUGAUUUACCAAAUGGAUAUAACAAAACAGUGGACAGAAUAAAAAGAGGUGUCGAAGAAAAAAAAAGAAUAAAUAAUUUUUUACAAUAUAGAAUACCACAUAUGAAUAACAAUGGAAAUAUCCAAAACGAAAAAAAAAAUGAAGGAAAACAAAAUAAUAAGAAGAAAACUAAUAAUAUACCUCAACCAUUUAGUUUUGAUAAAGGACAAUAUAAAGUAAAAAUCAAACCAGUUUUUUUUGAAAGAAAAAUAAAAAUCUCAGAAAAUAAAAUAGCUUGUCUAGCUGUUCGGGAGGAUGAGGAUCCCUUAUAUAUUGUUGAUAUUUUUUGUAAAAUACAUGCACUUAAAAAUGAAAAUAAACAAAUAUUAUAUGACUACAUUCUUGACGAAUUGAAGCAAGAGUCCUUCGAAAAAUAA